AUGGACCGAACCCUCGCGGUCAUGGACGCGCCGCGGACCUCCGGCAUGGCGACCCCGACGACGACGACCCAGGACAUUCGCGCGACGGACGCCCGACCUGCGCUCGGGACCAUGUUCAUCGCGACCAAGGCUAAGACGAUGCGCUACAAGAGCAUGGGCGGCAGCGCCGACGACAAGGAGAACCGAGGUAGCAAUACCAAUGAGGUCAACCAGCUUGGCGCCGACCGAGCGCCGGCCUCGCGCCAUGUGCCAAUUGAGUUCAUCCCGCUCGGACGCCGCAAUGUGAUACAAACGUCCAUGCUCCCCAAGCAAGCGCUGGAGAAGAAGCGAGGUCGACAGCUGGAAUACGACAACUUGUCGCGGGCCCACGCUGGUACUACCGUAAAGCUGCCGUCGCUCCGUUCGUGGGCGCCCCAUGCGAAGGUGUCGUCUUCCCAACCUCCGUCGUCUUCGUGCACAUGUCUUCAUACUUCUUUGGCUUCUUCAACGACAGGCGUCCUCGGUACAGCCCAUGAUUUGUCCACGCCCCGCGUCUGA